UAUGGAAAAUGUGAACCUUCUUUUGGAAGAAUACAAAGAAAAUUUGUUCAAAGGUGACAAGGAUUUAAAGAACAAGCUAAAUGUAACACCUUGUUAUUCAACUGCCAGUGGGCCUGCAAAGUCAGAAGUUGAAGAUAUUGUCAAGAAGAGUGCAGAUGAUACUACUCUGAAUGAGAAUCAUAUCUUGAAGGUACAAGACUUGACAAGAGAUGUCAAAUCUUCAGUUUCACCUGAUAAAACCUCUGAAUUCUCAGGAGAUGGUGUCCCAGUUGGCUGUAGUGACUUGUCAAGAGAUGUCAAAUCUUCAGUUUCACCUGAUAAAACCUCUGAAUUCUCAGGAGAUGGUGUCCCAGUUGGCUGUAGUGACUUGUCAAGAGAUGUCAAAUCUUCAGUUUUACAUGAUAAAACCUCUGAAUUCUCAGCAGAUGGUGUCUUAGACGACUGUAGAGACUUGCCAGGAGAUGCCAAAUCUUCAGUUUCACCUGAUAAAACCUCUGAAUUCUCAGCAGAUGGUGUCCUAGACGACUGUAGAGACUUGCCAGGAGAUGCCAGGCCUCCAGUGUUAUGUUAUAAAACCUCAGCAGAUGGUGCCCUGGAUGACUGUGGUGAUGCCCCUGUUCUGUCUCUGGGGAGAGAUGGUUUGUGUAGUACAGAUGUUUCAGCUAACAAUAGUGUGAUCACUUAUCAAGUUUCUCCAGAGAUUUCUAGAGAAGGUCAUCGGACAGAAGGUGGUCACUUUGUAAAUUGCAAGUCAUUAGAUGUGGAUCAUGUUUUGACGAAUAGUUGUCACGUUGAAGUUCCAGUUGAGAAUUCAGAUGAAAAUCAUCCCAGAUCUCCUCCGAUCAAUGUGACUAUGAUAAAUAGUGGAGAAUAUGAUGAACAGACAACAUGCACUACCUCACAGACUGAUUGUUCGUCUCACCAGUUGUCUCACAUUCAUAAUUCACAAGUGAAACUGAAAGGGGAUUGUAGUAGUGUAUGUAAUGGACGAGAAAAUGCAUCAAGUGAAAGCUGUAACCAGUCAGAAAUGUAUGAAGCUUGCAGCAAUCUGGGACAGAAUCUGAUAAGUUUGUACCUGGAAGAGUGGGGAUCGGACCAGGAUAUAAUGGUGUCAGGUCGCACUUUCAAAACUCACAAGUGUAUUCUGGCAGCAAGGAGUCCAUACUUUUCCGCAAUGUUUGGUGGAUCGUGGAGAGAGAGUGAUAACGACUGCAUCAAGCUGGAGGGUAUAUCGCCCACUGUGUUUGAACAAGCUCUGCUGUAUCUGUACGGAGGUGUUAUAGAUAUCAACAAGGCUUGUUCUCUAUUGGAACUCCUUCUCGUGGCGGAUAUGUACGGAAUAGAAGGACUUAAAGAUGUCGUUGGCUUUCAUCUUCGGAAAGAAUACUGUCACUUCUUUCACAAACCAUGUUCCGUGUGCACGACGACCCUGGCGGAUGCGUUGAUGCUGUCUGUGUCGUUUGGUCUCGAUGAUGUUAAACACCGAUGCCUCAAGUCUGUGUGGAAGUUCUUCACCAAGUUCUGGUCGACCAAGGCGUUUGCCGGUCUGUCGGAGGACGUUCUCGAGCUCACCUGUGAUUACAUUGCGUCUCAACUGACAGAGAAAACUGUGAUAGAGACUAUUCUUGAAUGUCACAAGUUGAGUGACAGCCUGCCGCGGGUCAAGUGGGCGGAGCCUGUACUGCACUGGACGACCAAGUUGUUGGAGCUGUCUAUUGAAUACACCAGUGAACACUUCGUUGAUGUCGUCAGCUCAGAACAGUUCCUUUCUUGGGGAAAGAAGGCAGCCUGGAGCCGUAGCUUCUUGGAUGAGAUAUUCCGCACAGUGAUAGAUUCCUUGCCCACAGAGAAAGCAUGUGGAUCGUAUCGAGCUCUGCUUCGCCUUCACGAGUUCAACACUAGUCUGGAAAGCGAUAUUUAUGGAGAGGAUGUGACCUGUCUACUCCAGAGUCUGAUCUCUCACUGUGAGACGUACAUCAAAGUCUACAUCCACCAGGUGACCCAGACAGCCGAGUGGCCUCUCCUGCCCGAGGAAGUCAAAACCAAGAUCCUACAAAAUUCUUCAUUUGUGUGUAUUGAUCCAUGUGAGAAAGGACGAGGGACAAUGCCAGUUGGCCAAAAAAGUAAAGUAUCUGCAGCCGUUAUCCAAGCACUGAGAGAAGACCACUCGUUCAGACAGAAGAGAACUGUAUUUGACAAAACCAGAAAAGCUUCCGAGAAGACAUCAAACAAGAGGGUUCCAAAUGUUGACAGAAAGCCAGCUGCCUCUAGUCCAAGACAAAAACUGUCACACCAAACCUCUGACUCUUUUGCUGAAAGUAAACUUUCAGAGAAAAAGAUUAAGAAAAAUGGUAUUAGUGCACAGUCUCAAAAUAUUUCUUCUUCAUGUGAUAAUAACAAACUGGUAAAUGGAUGUAGUAAGACACAGACUCAAGGCAGACAUCUUAGGUUAGCAUCUCCAAGGAUUGAUGAGAAAACUCUUAACCCUGAAUCACAGACUGAAGAGUCAUUGGACCAGUCUCAGGGUGCUGUGGGUUCUGCUGGUUCUAAAACAUCACGGUCCAGCUUAAGACAUCCUAACCCUGAAUCACAGACCGAAGAGUCAUUGGAUCAGUCUCUGGGUGCUGUGGGUUCUGCUGGUUCUAAAUCAUCCCGGUCUGGUUUAAGACAUGCACAGAGUACUGGAAGUCUUCAUUUACGGCCACUCAGUGUUGUCGUCCCGGGCAACAGAAGUCUGUCCACAGAAAACAUUGAUGUUGACGCAUGGGGGUUCACUCGUAAACCAGUUUCUUGCCACACUUUAGAGACACUGGUCCCACUAUUUGAAACUAUGUUUUGUAAACCUUGUGAUUUAGGUGAAUUUUAGACAGUUUUUGACAGUUACUUAUGAUGUGUUAUGUUUAUGCAGUGUUGCUCCAAAGGCUCAAAGGUAAUUGACACUUACGUGUAAUUAUUAUUUAAGAAUUGUACACCAAGCUUUCUUUAAAUGUUUCAUCAUUUAUCUGCGACUGGGUACAGAGCAAGUGGCCCCUACUAUUUUAUAAGGUGAUAUUGAUUUUGCUGCAAAGACAAUAAUAUAGCAAAGUUGAUUUGGCUGAUCAAAGCAAAAUGUUUUAUAUCUUUGUCUGGACAAUUAUGGCCUGAUAUAUAAGGAUAUUAUUACAUAUUGAUUGUUGUUGAGAAACCUCAUAUUGUUCUCCAUUCCUACACGUACAUGUACCUUCAUCAGACAAAGCCAGUAUACUAUAUACUUAACCUGUUAUUCAUAAGACAAAGCCAGUAUCCUAUAUACUUAACCUGUUAUUCAUAAGACAAAGCCAGUAUACUAUAUACUUAACCUGUUAUUCAUAAGACAAAGCCAGUAUUCUAUACAGUUAACCUGUUAUUCAUAAGACAAAACCAGUAUCCUUUAUACUUAACCUGUUAUUCAUAAGACAAAACCAGUAUCCUUUAUACUUAACCUGUUAUUCAUAAGACAAAACCAGUAUCCUUUAUACUUAACCUGUUAUUCAUAAGACAAAACCAGUAUCCUUUAUACUUAACCUGUUAUUCAUAAGACAAAGCUAGUAUCCUAUACAGUUAACCUGUUAUUCAUAAGACAAAGCUAGUAUCCUAUACAGUUAACCUGUUAUUCAUAAGACAAAGCCAGUAUCCUAUAUACUUAACCCGUUAUUCAUAAGACAAAGCCAGUAUCCUAUACAGUUAACCUGUUAUUCAUAAGACAAAGCUAGUAUCCUAUACAGUUAACCUGUUAUUCAUAAGACAAAGUUAGUAUCCUAUACAGUUAACCUGUUAUUCAUAAGACAAAGCUAGUAUCCUAUAUGAUUAACCUGUUAUUCAUAAGACCAAGCUAAUGUUCUAUACAAUGAACCUGAAUUAGACAAAGCUACAGGUAAUACCCUAUACAAUUAACAAUCAACAACUGUCCAUUUGGUGAAGCACUAAAUAGUUCAGUUUCCAUUUGUUAAUUAAUAUCUCAAUAACAUUUUACUUAGUUGGAUUUCUUUUCUAUUGCACACGUUAAUAAUGCAUAAAACUACUGGGGUUUUUACUCAAAAUUAAAAGAUAUCCAUCAUUAUCUGUCUGACAUAUCUUGAAGAAUUUUGGGUAUUCAUUGCCAGAUAAUUGCUGUUUAUCUGAUUUUACUACAUCCAAGUAUGUCAUCCCCUCUAUCUAAAUAGCAGUGAUUGUGUGUUGGUUGACAGGUGCAUGUCAAUUCUUAUUGUUAUGGUUCUUUGAUCUAUGGCUGUGAUGUAGUAAAGUGAUGAAGUAAUAUAUUCUUUCCUCUUCUCUUUUUCCUCACAUUCAUAUAUUGUGUUUCUAGAGAAACACCUGAGUUGAGACAAGUCACGUCACGAUUUCCCUCCCUAUCAUUGCCUCAUGUUUUUUGUUGCCUAAAAGACUGUAUAUGUGCUGUCUUUGGUGAAGUGCUUGUAAAAGAUACCUUGCUAGUUUUUGGAAAGAGUAGUUUGUUCGUUUGCGCAUGCUCUUGCUUUCUCUCUCUCUCUUUCUCUCUCUCUCUCUCUCUCUCUCUCUCUCUCUCUCUCUCUCUCUCUCUCUCUCUCUCUCUCUCUCUCU